AUGACGCGAGUGGAGAAUUUCGAUUUGACGGAUCUGAUUGGCUACGAUUGGCGCUCUUUUUGCUGCCUGUUGCUAAGGCAACUCGAAGUAGAUAUAGUAAACAUUAAAAUCAAGAAAGCUGUUGCCAUGUACGUGCUAAUAAAAUGGGUAAAAGAAAACCAAGUAAGUGUGGGCUUGGAUAACUUUGUGAAGGACAAAAAAAUGUUAAAGGACCCAAAGAGGAUUGGCCUGGUGGAACACGGAGCGGUUGGAGUUAAGCCCCCGAAAUGCGGCUGGAAAGCGUUUCCGGCCCAAAUACUCUGUGUAAACGAGAGCCUUGGAGAAAUAAAAAAGGUCGAGCGUCAGUGGAUAGAUGCGCACAAGAUGGCGACUCCAUUGAAAUCCAAGACUACAGUUGACACUGAAGAAGAUAGGAUUUCUCAAUCUGAUGAAGAGGAUGAGACUCCUCAACAUCAGACAGGGGAUGAUUCAAAUGGGACUCCAGAGCAUGAUUCAAUCUGUACUCCAAAACGGCCAAAGAGAGACUACAACAAUGACAUAAAAGAGCUUGAGGAGAGGCUAAAAACUAAGGAAAAGGAGAUAAGGCGUUUGAGAAGAUUAAACUUUCAAAUGCAAGAGGGACUUGCUGGUACAAUCACAAAAGCUGUCAAAGAUGCCAUUCAGGCGGCUCAGUCUGCUCCCAGCCACCCAGUACUCACAUCUAACACCCACGUAGCCACUCUUAACCAAACUGGAGACAUAAUGAACAAGUCUGUGACUGACUUAAUGAACCCAGUUGCUUUGGAUCAUGCUCAAAGGUGUGAGAGUUACAAAAAGCUAACCAGAACUCUUAUGGACUCCAUCUUCUCUUUGGAAGAGAUGACAACAUGCUCUGUCACUGGAAAAAAAGGGGUUGUCGGUGAAAAAAGAAAGAGCCUUGACCUGGAAAAAGUUCAGCUAGUAAUUGACCAUGUCAAAAAGACAUACCCAGGCAUCGGAGGCACUGAGAUCAAAGUCUGCAUGGCACAAAAAUUAAAAGAUCUGAGGAGACGGGCAGAAAGGUGAAUAUCGUAACUUUUUUAUACUAGGGUUGUGCCAAUAGACGAUAGUAUCAUGUCAGACAAUAGUCAGACAUAUUGCUGAGGGCAGAUGCCCAUGACUAUUUCAAGAUGAUAGUGGCUUGUUUUCCCAUUCAUUUAUAUUAUUAUUAUUAAAUUA